GAGAUGCAGCGGGGGGCGUGGACGGCGCGCAGAUGCGGACCAGGAAAUGGUUCCCGGGGUGCGACGGGCCGCGGCGGCCGGGCCAGCAGUGACCGAGCUCCGCCAGCUGUUGGAGCCCAUGGACCGCACCAUGGCGGUCUCUCCUCUCCAGACGAGCCGGUGCAGGCCGCGCAAAUAAGGCAGGAUCUAUCUGCACGUAGCCGUUCCUGUCAACUGUGAGCGCCGGGAAGGAAACACGCAUCCACGAAGUUGUCUCCUAGGAUCACACGCUCCACCUCCGCUUGCGGGACUGAACUGGGAGCGGGCACCUCUUUUCUGCUCCCAUCCAUUUGAGGGGUGAAGAUGUUGGAGGCAGAUCUGGUGUCAAAGAUGCUACGGGCUGUUCUGCAGUCUCAUAAGAAUGGGAUAGCAUUACCCCGGCUCCAAGGAGAGUACCGGUCCUUGACUGGAGACUGGAUCCCCUUCAAGCAGCUCGGUUACCCUACUCUAGAAGCCUACCUGAAAAGUGUGCCAGCAGUUGUCAGGAUAGAGGGUAGUAGAUCUGGAGAGAUCAUCUGCUAUGCUGUGGCCUGCACAGAAACUGCAAGGAUCGCUCAGCUUGUGGCUCGUCAGAGGACCUCUAAAAGGAAAACCGGUCGACAAAUUAAUUGUCAGAUGAGAGUGAAGAAAACUAUGCCAUUUUUCCUAGAAGGAAAACCAAAGGCAACCCUCAGACAACCAGGAUUUGCUUCUGACUAUUCUUUCAACAAGAAGCCUAAUUCAACAGUGCUGAGAGACAAAGGAAAUACCCUGGGAGUGAAGUCUGAUGUGAAAAUGCCACCUUACCCCGACAUUCCAAUGCGGAGGCAUGUGACCAUGUCCACCAACAGCAGGUUUAGUCCAAAGGCAUCCUUGCCAGCACCUCUCCAGAUGCAUCUCACAAGGACCUGUACUAAGGAAAUGAGUGAUAAUUUAUAUCAGACUGUUGAGAAACCAAAUAUCACGCCUCCUGCCUCUUACACUAAUAAACUGGAUGAGGUUCAGAACCGCAUAAAGGAAAUCUUAGACAAGCAUAACAAUGGCAUUUGGAUAUCUAAGCUUCCACAUUUUUACAAAGAGUUUUAUAAAGAAGACCUUAAUCAAGGAGUUUUACAGCAGUUUGAACACUGGCCUCAUAUUUGCACGGUGGAAAAACCUUGCAGUGGUGGUCAAGACUUACUUCUUUAUCCAGCCAAAAGACAGCAGCUCCUGAGAAGUGAACAGGACCCUGAAAAGGUGCUCCCAUCACCUGCUCCCAAACAGGAAGCACCAUCAAGGGAGAGCCCAGAAGUUAUGCCAGAUGUCAAAGAGAAAGUGGCAGAGCUGCUGGGGAAAUACUCAAGUGGCCUUUGGGCAAGUGCACUCCCCAAAGCAUUUGAGGACACAUACAAAGUCAAGUUCCCUGAGGAUGCCUUAAAAAACCUUGCUUCACUUUCUGAUGUAUGCACCAUAGACUACAUUUCUGGAAAUCCCCAGAAGGCAAUUCUCUAUGCUAAACUACCAUUGCCCACUGACCAGAUCUUAAAGGAUGAAGACCAAGCACAAGGAGAUUUUGACAUUAAGUCAAUGAUUGAACAAGAGUAUUUGCAGAUAGAAAAAAACAUGGCUGAAAAUGCUGAUGUCUUCAUGGAGGACAUAAGCGUGCCUCCUCUCGUCAUUCCUACUGAGGUAUCCCCAUCUGUAUUGGUGGUUGAGCUGAGCAACACAAAUGAUGUGGUUAUCAGGUAUGUGGGCAAAGAUUACUCGGCUGCUCAGGAACUAAUGGAAGAUGAGAUGAAGGAGUAUUACAGUAAGAACCCCAAGGUCACACCGAUCCAGACUGUGCACGUGGGGCAGCUGCUGGCUGUCAAUGCGGAGGAGGAUGCCUGGUUACGUGCACAGAUCAUCUCGGCAGAUGAUAAUAAGAUAAAGGUAUGCUAUGUUGACUAUGGUUUCUGCGAAAAUGUUGAGAAGAGCAAAGCAUACAAACUGAACCCAAGGUUCUGCUCACUCUCAUUCCAGGCUACAAAGUGCAAGCUAGCAGGGUUGGAGAUUCUGAACGAUGAUCCUGACCUUAUGAAGGUAGUCGAAUCGUUAACUUGUGGGAAGAUCUUUGCAGUGGAGAUACUUCACAAGUCGGACAUUCCCCUUGUUGUUCUGUAUGAUACCUCAGGAGAAGAUGAUAUCAACAUCAAUGCCACCUGCCUGAAGGCCAUAUGUGACAAGUCACUAGAGGUUCACCUCCAGGUUGAUGCCAUGUACACAAAUGUCAAAGUGACUAAUAUUUGUUCAGAUGGAACUCUCUACUGCCAGGUGCCUUGCAAGGGUCUGAACAAGCUCAAUGACCUUCUGCAUAAGAUAGAGGACUACUUCCACUGCAAGCACAUGACCUCUGAGUAUUUCGUCUCGCUACCCUUCUGUGGGAAGCUCUGCCUCUUCCACUGCAAAGGAAAAUGGUUGCGAGUGGAGAUCACAAACGUUCACAGCAGCCGGGCCCUUGAUGUUCGGUUCCUGGACUCUGGCAAUGCAACAUCAGUAAAAGUGUCAGAACUGAGAGAAAUUCCACCUCGGUUUCUGCAAGAAAUGCUUGCCAUACCACCUCAGGCUAUAAAGUGCUGUUUAGCUGAUCUUCCACAAUCUAUUGGCAUGUGGACUCCAGAUGCUGUGCUUUGGUUAAGAGAUUCUGUUUUGAAUUGCUCAGACUGUAGCAUUAAGGUUACAAAGGUGGAUGAAAGCAGGGGCGUCGCCUAUGUGUACUUAUUUACUCCUAAGAGCUUCCCCGACCCUCAUCGCAGCAUCAACCGCCAGAUCACAAACGCAGACCUGUGGAAACAUCAGAAGGAUGUGUUUCUGAGUGCCAUGUCCAGUGCAGUCAGCUCGCCUGGCAGCAGAAAUGGCAGUACGCCUGCAUUGGGCGGCACUCCCACGCCAGGCAACCCUGGAGAGAAUUUCAGAAAGAGCCUCCCAGAAGUCAUCAGAAAGUCCAUGCUGGACCACACCAACUCUUUCUCCUUGGAGGAACUGCCACCUCCAGUCCACUUGUCAAAGUCAGGGGAACACAUGGAUGUGUAUGUGCCUGUGGCCUGUCACCCAGGCCACUUUGUCAUCCAGCCUUGGCAGGAGAUUCAUAAGCUGGAGGUGCUGAUGGAAGAGAUGAUUCUGUACUACAGCGUGUCUGAGGAGCGCCACAUAGCGGUGGAGAAAGACCAAGUGUAUGCUGCCAAAGUGGAAAAUAAGUGGUACAGGGUGCUUUUAAAAGGAAUCCUGACCAAUGGGCUGGUGUCUGUGUAUGAACUGGACUAUGGCAAGCAUGAAUUAGUCAACAUAAGGAAAGUACAGCCCCUGAUGGACGUGUUCCGAAAGCUACCAUUCCAGGCAGUCACUGCUCAACUUGCAGGAGUGAAAUGCAAACAGUGGUCGGAGGAGGCCUCGAUGGUGUUUCGAAAUCACGUGGAGAAAAAACCUCUGGUGGCGCUGGUACAGGCAGUUAUUGAACACACUAACCCUUGGGACCGGAAAGUAGUGGUCUAUCUAGUAGACACAUCACUGCCUGACACAGAUACCUGGAUUCAUGACUUUAUGUCACAGUAUCUGGUAGAGUUUUCAAAAAUUAAUUAAUUACUGCUUCUGAGAUGUUGACAACUAAGGCAGAUUGUUUCCUAAGCAAUAACAAAAUGUAGGGGGGCUUUUAAAACAUCUUAUUUUUACUACACGGCUCUGACUGUUGUAGAGAAUUGAAAAGAAUAUGCUUUGUUUGAUGAAAGAUAUUUAACAGGUUUUGUUUAACACAGUUGACUUUUCAAGGAAAAUUGCCCUUGAAUUAUUAAUAUAAUAUUAGAAUAAAAUGUUUCUCAAUAUAAA